GCCAGUCCUUUCGGCGCUACCCAGAGAGGGGUCCAUACGGCGUUGUCUUGAAUUCCCAUCGUAACUUAAAGGGAAGCUUUCACGAUGUCCGGAGCCCUUGAUGUCCUGCAAAUGAAGGAGGAGGAUGUCCUCAAAUUCCUUGCAGCAGGAACCCACUUAGGUGGCACCAACCUUGACUUCCAAAUGGAACAGUACAUCUACAAAAGGAAAAGUGAUGGCAUCUACAUCAUAAACCUGAAGAGGACCUGGGAGAAGCUGCUGUUGGCCGCUCGGGCCAUUGUCGCCAUUGAGAACCCGGCGGACGUCAGUGUCAUCUCCUCCAGGAACACUGGCCAGCGAGCUGUGCUGAAGUUUGCUGCUGCCACUGGAGCCACUCCUAUCGCUGGCCGCUUCACUCCGGGAACCUUCACUAACCAGAUCCAGGCUGCCUUCAGGGAGCCGAGGCUUCUGGUGGUCACCGAUCCCAGGGCUGACCACCAGCCCCUCACGGAAGCCUCCUACGUUAACCUGCCAACCAUUGCCCUGUGCAACACGGACUCUCCUCUGCGCUACGUGGACAUCGCCAUCCCGUGCAACAACAAGGGGGCGCACUCAGUGGGCCUGAUGUGGUGGAUGCUCGCCCGGGAAGUCCUGCGCAUGCGCGGCACCAUCUCCCGAGAACACCCGUGGGAGGUCAUGCCGGACCUCUACUUCUACAGGGACCCCGAGGAGAUUGAAAAGGAAGAGCAGGCAGCAGCUGAGAAGGCUGUGACCAAGGAGGAGUUUCAGGGCGAGUGGACCGCUCCAGCUCCCGAGUUCACGGCUGCCCAGCCUGAGGUGGCAGACUGGUCCGAAGGCGUGCAGGUGCCUUCCGUGCCCAUUCAGCAGUUCCCCACUGAAGACUGGAGUGCUCAGCCUUCCACUGAAGACUGGUCUGCAGCCCCCACUGCCCAGGCCACGGAAUGGGUAGGAACCACCACUGAGUGGUCGUAAGCUGUUCUUCCAGACACUUGUAGAACUUGGAUCAAAAUGGAAAUCUGGCUGAUGGAAAUAAACUGUUUCUAAAAAUUU